AUGGCUUAUGUUAACUCAGAAUUUGAUAAUCCUUCAAAUCCAUUUUACUUACAUCCUAGUGAAAACCCAUCUUUAAUAUUGAUUUCUCCUCCUUUAAAUGGACAAAAUUAUCACUCUUGGGCAAGAUCAAUGAAAAUGUGCUUAAUGUCUAAAAACAAACUGAAGUUUGUUAAUGGUAGCAUUACUGUUCCGAUGAAGGAAGAUCCAAUUUAUGCUGUUUGGGAACGUUGUAACACUAUGGUGCUUUCUUGGAUUCUUAGGUCCUUGUCACCUUCCAUUGCACAAAGUAUUUUUUGGAUUGAUACAGCUUUAGAUGCUUGGAGGGAUCUUCUUGACAGGUUUUCUCAAGGUAAUGCAAUUCGUAUAUCUGACUUACAAGAGGAAAUAUAUGUUUUCAAACAGAACAAUCUGUCAGUAACAGAUUAUUUUACUCAGUUAAAGAUCUUGUGGGAUGAGUAUAUGAAUCUAAGAUUUGUUCCUACCUGUACUUGUAAUCCUCAGUGUUCUUGUCAAGCAUUAAAGAUUGUUAAAACUCAGCAAGAAGAUGACUAUAUAAUUCGUUUCUUGAAAGGUUUAACUGAAAAUUUUGCAACUGUUAGAACUCAAAUAUUAAUGGUUGAGCCUUUACCAAAGAUUAAUAAAGUAUUUUCUUUGGUAUUGCAACAUGAAAGACAAAUGGGGAUUGGUUUUUCAGAAUCUGUCUCUGCUUUACAAAUAGUUGAACCUGCAGUUUUUGCAACUCAAGAAAAUUCUAGUUUUCAGAAAAAGUUUACUGGUAAUAAUUUUGGUAUUAAUAGACCUGGGAAUUUUACAAGACCUUCUGGAUAUAACAAUAGACCUGGAAAUUUUACUGGUAAUAGAAUGUUUGUGAAUAGGUCUUCUGGAGUUGAUAAACCAUUAUGUACUUUCUGUGGUAUAAGUGGACAUACUGUGGAUAUAUGUUUUAAAAAACAUGGAUAUCCACCUGGAUAUAAACCUAGGCCUAGAAUACAAGGCUAUGUCAAUCAAGUAGGUGAGUUUAUUGCUGAGAGUGAACAAGAAAGGUAUUAUAAUGAUCAAGAACAGAUUUGUUAUAAUAAUGGUGAAUUUGCUGAGCAUGAAAAGGCAGAAAGGAAUUGUGUUAUGAGUCAAGAUCAGGAUAUGCAUAGAGAAGAGGAACAUGCACCUGUCUUUACACAAGAGCAGUAUAAACAACUCAUGAGUAUGUUACAGCAGAAUGCAUCAACAAGUGGUCACAAGAUUAAUACAAUAUCAACAAAUUUUGUUUCUACUUCUGCUGCAACAGACCUUGAUGCUGGUAUGAAAAUCUCUAAUAUUAACUCUGUUUAUACUAAUUUUGAGAAUGAUUGUUGGAUUAUAGAUUCAGGUGCUACUGAUCAUAUUGUUUGUUCUAUGAGUUAUUUCAGUUCUUAUAAGCCUGUUGAUAAUGUUUUUGUGACAUUGCCAAACUCUCAGAAAAUAAGUGUUACACAUAUAGGUGCUGUUAAGUUUAGUAAAGAGUGUGAAUUGCAUGAUGUCUUAUUUGUUCCUAAGUUUUUCUUUAAUUUGAUUUCAACUAGCAAAUUAACAUCUUAUUAUCAAUAUUGCUUAAUUCUUCAUAAAGAUGUUUGUAUUAUACAGGAUGUUAUCAAUUGGAGGAUGAUCGGAUUAGCUAGAAAGACUCGAGGACUUUAUCAACUUGAUAAAUCUAAAUUUGAGAAUAGACAUGUUAUUUCUGUUAAUGCUGUAAAUGCAAAACCUGUUGCUAAUGAUUUUUUGUGGCAUAAUAGAUUAGGACAUUUGGCCAAUUCUAGAUUAAAAUGUUUGCAAGAUCAAUGUUCUAUAAUAAAGUUGCCUAGUGAUUCUCAUUGUAAGAUUUGUCAUUUAGCAAAGCAAAAGAAACUUUCUUUCCCUUUAAGUACUUCUGUUUCUAAUAAUUGUUUUGAUAUGAUACAUGUUGAUAUAUGGGGGCCAUCAAGAACAGUUUCAAUUUAUGGACAUAGGUAUUUCUUGACAAUUGUUGAUGAUAAAAGUAGAUAUACCUGGUUGUUUUUGUUAAAAUCAAAGUCUGGUGUUAGGUUGUUGGUAUUAUACAUCAAACUACUUGUGUGUAUACUCCUGAACAAAAUGCAAUUGUAG